UAUUGGUCCAAGUUAUCUAUCUUGAUCACGGUUCCUAACUCAUCUUCUCCAAGAUCGACGACGCGUGAUCCUCCGUACUGUCGGACCGAACCCAAGCGCCAGGUUGUCCGUGUGUCGUCUAAUCGCCUCACUCAGCCGAUCGUCAUCGCCUAGGCCAGCUGCAAACCUGACACCUUACGAAAUCUUGCAUAGCUCACCACCAGGGACCCUCACUCUUGAUUGAAUCAACCAAAACCGUCAAAGUGGCUUCGAUACUGGCUUCGAUCACGCCGUACAUUCCGGAGAGCUUACGCGCGAUUUCGCCCCGCAUUCAAAGCGUUGGUUCAGCAGAUUGCGGCUCUCCUGCCAGUACAUAGCACCACUUCAAAAUCAAACACUGUCCAGGAGCAAUUCUUCGCGCAUAUUCGGGACGUUCUCGUAGCCGUCGAGAGUUUUGAACCUACACUUGUUGCUGCCUUCUUCCUAACUCUGAUCCUUCUUGUACGGCUUUUCAUGUCUUGGUACAGUCGCUUCCCCAGUUGGAGCGACCGUCUCAGUCCCUUCACACGUUCAAGUAACAAAAAUGAUGGCCAAGUCUCAGACUCGGAUUUUUCGUACAUAACGGCAGAGGACCUGGCGAAGGCAAAUGCUGGCAACGGCUUCGUGCCAAGCCAUGACCGCGACACCGACGUGCUAAUAUUGAAGCACAAGCGAGUCAGCUAUCCUGUGCAUUUCCCUGCGCACAGCAUAGACAAGGGUCAACUCAAGAUUGGAGAUGUCAGAGCAGCAGCGGCGAAAAAACUCGAGCUCGAUCCUUCGCAAGCAGAUCGGAUAAAAAUAUUUUACCGUGGGAAGAACCUGAAAGACGACUCUAAAUCUGCAAAGGAUGAAGGCUUGAAGAGCUCGAUAGAAUCAGAACUUAUGCUUGUGAUCGGCGAUGCAGUUCCAGAGGAGAGCUCUGAGUCCGAGAGCGAGGACAACGCUGCGAAUGGCACCGGAGAGAGCAAGAAGAAGAAGCGCAGUCGCAAGCGAAAGAGCAAGAAGAAGAAGGGUGGUGACAGCGGAACAGCUACGCCUAGUUCGGGCUACUCAAAUGCCAACAUAGACCCGGACGCAACGUAUGCUCCUUCAAAUGCACCACCUCCUCGUCCGACGUCGACGCCGAGACCUCAAGCACCGCCACAGACUCCGAUUGAGAAACUAGAUGCUAUCGCAUCACUGUUUCACACAAAAUUUGUUCCAGAAGCUGUACAGUACAUCAACAAUCCACCAAAGGACAAGGCGAAGCGUGAGUUCGACCAUAAACGCUUCAGCGAGACGAUAUUGGCACAGGUAUUGCUCAAGCUGGAUGCUGUAGAGACCGAGGGUGAUCCAGCAGCUAGACAGAAGAGGAAGGAUCUAGUCAAGGAAGUUCAAAGCAUGUUAAAUAAGCUGGAUGAUGUUGUCAAGACAUGAGCAUACAGGGACGUACCUCUCGAUUUGAAUGAGGUGAAUGUAUAGCAUUACAGGAGGCAGGCAUGGUCAUUGAAUUGACGAUGAAAAUUUGGGAGCAUGGGAAAUUGAGCCAAUUGCGUCUAGCAUAGAGCAACGUUAUAGCGCGACAGCGGAUCUGUUGUAAUAUGACUCCAUCGCAGAUUCUAAAGAAGAUGAAAGCUUUCGUCUCCAACGUUAGGAACCCAUCCUUUCAGA